AAAAGAUUGAGCUUCCUGUAUGCAUGUUACGCUGUCUUUCAUGACAAACAUCAGAAAACUUUACACAAGAUUCAAGUAGAAAGGUUGAGGACGUAGUUGAAGUUGGAAUGGCCUGGAUAAAUUGGAUGGAAGGAAAUUUGUUUUCAAUCGAGACAAAAACUUCAUUGUAUAUUGAAACGUUUUUAAAUGCACCGUCUGUCAAUGUGUCAAAGAAAACUCAGCAUGGUUAUGUACCACAAGAAUAUCUAACUAAAAAAGUCAGCAAUGAGGGCAUUGGCUUCCUUUUGCCUUAUGACUGCGUUUUCUCAUAGAUUGUUCUUCUAAGUCCGCCAAAGACCAUACGAUGGGCAAAAAAGUCGAAGUGACUAUAACAGAAGGGACUCUGAGAGGAAUGCUAAGUAAAGACUAUCACGAUGGCGUUUUUUACUCAUUUAUUGGAAUACCUUACGCAAAACCACCGAUAGGCGAACUGAGAUUCAAGGCUCCAGAACCAGUGGAACCAUGGAAGGGUGUAAAAAAUGCCACGAAAGUUGGAGCCGAAAGUCCCCAGUACAUGAAAAUCAUGAUGGGGAAGGAGGAUAACUGUUUAAAUCUGAACGUAUUUACCAAAGAGCUAAGCCAGGGACUGAAAAAGCCUGUUAUGGUAUUCAUACACGGAGGGGGUUUCGUCAGUGGAUCUAGCCGCCCAGAUCUCAUUUAUGGUCCAGAAUUUUUGAUGACGGAAGAUAUUGUGCUGGUUACCAUUAACUACCGUCUGGGUAUUUUAGGUUUCUUGAGUCUGACAGAUCGUUCUCUAAAUGUCCCAGGAAACGCAGGUAUGAAAGACCAAGUAAUGGCACUGAAAUGGGUGCAAAAAAACAUUAAGUAUUUCGGUGGUGAUCCAAAUAAUGUCACCAUUUUUGGAGAAAGUGCUGGUGGAGCAGCAGUGCACUUUCUGGUAGUAUCGCCACUUGCCAAAGGCUUAUUCCAUAAGGCAAUAUGUCAAAGCGGCUGUGUUCUGAAUCCAUGGGCUACUGGAGUGCCAAACGGUGUAGAGGUAGCUAAAGCGAUGGGCUACCGUAGUGAUGCUAGUGAGGACUAUAUAUUGAAGAGAUUGAAAAGUGCCAGUGUCAGCAGGAUUAUGAAAGGACAAAACAAAUUUCAAAUGAAUUUCAACCCGAACCAUGUCCGCACAGUGUCAGUAGUUGUAGAAUAUCCCCAUGAAGGAGCCUUCUUGACCCAACAUCCUCUUGAAAUUCUUAAAGCAGGAAAACAAAAUCAGGUACCGAUGAUAAUGGGUUACAACUCUCUUGAAGGCCUUUUCUUCGAAUUAGUUGGCAGAAUUUGCACAUUUCCAUACUGCCGCUUGCCAAACUCCAUGGAAUCAGAUAUUCCGCAUAAUUGUGACGUUGAUCCUACAAACACUAAGCUGGUAGAUAAAGCAGCAAAUGACAUAAAAAGCUUCUACUAUAAGGAUGAGAAAGUUUCCAAGAGAAAUAAACAAAUCAGGUACCUGAUCACCAACGAUACGGUAUUCAUGUAUGGCAUUCAAAAGUCGAUCCAGUUGCAUAAGAAAACUGGCAGCACGCCCAUAUAUGCAUACAGGAUGAGCAUUGAAAGUGAUUUGAACGUGUGCAAAAAGUUCGCUCAAGCCAAGAGUCCUACAUUUUUUACCUGCAUUUUUGGUAUAUCUCUACUUACAGGAAGUUCCGGAAUCGGAAAGAUAGCCACCAGCAUGAAGUUACAUAACUUACCCGGAGUCUGCCAUGCAGACGAUUUAUUCUAUCUAUUCAAAGCGAACCAUUUGGGCAAGAUACAGAAAGACAGCGAACUGGAUAAGUGGAUACAGAGAUUUGUGAAGCUAUGGACUAACUUUGCCAGGACCGGAAAUCCAACACCCGCACCAGGAAGCGAUUUGGUACUAGAGAGGGCAGUAUGGAAACCCGUUGGGAGCACAGACAUCGAUUUCAUCUUCAACAUUGAUCAUGGCCUGCGUUGCACUGGCUUGGACGCGGCCGAGAUGGAAAGAAUGAAGUUCUGGAACAAGUAUCACACCAACUUUGGAGUGUAAUGUGCUCUUUGUAUAUGAUGGAUUUUAUCUUGUGAUUAUUUUAUACGUAAAUGUAUACCUAAUUUUUAUUUAAUUAAAUGUGUAUGACAUUAAAUUAUAUAACAUCCGUUCUUCGUCU